CUAUAAUUCGUCACUCACCACUAGUGAUGUACCUAGGUACCUGAUAUAUUUCUCCAUAGUCUACCUAAAUCUCGCCUCGCUCGGGAGAAUCACGUGGUACGAAUACAGCCAAUCAGAAUAAGCGCACACAGUAAGCGAGCCACACUGGAAUUUCGACCACCGCCAAAAAGAUAUCUCGAAAUCCUCUUCUCCUCCGACAGUCGACCACUUCAGCCAACAACCGCCGAAAAACAGACAAAAUGUCCAACGUCCAGACCGGCAAGAAGACCCGUUCGGCCAUCGCCGACGUCGUCACCCGCGAGUACACCAUCAACCUGCACAAGAGAACGCACGGUGUUAGUUUCAAGAAGCGUGCUCCUCGUGCUAUCAAGGAGAUCCGCGCCUUCGCCGAGCGUGCUAUGGGCACCAAGGACGUCCGCCUCGACCCCCAGCUGAACAAGAAGGUCUGGGAAGCCGGCAUCAAGGGCGUUCCUUUCCGUCUCCGUGUCCGCAUCUCCCGCAAGCGUAACGACGAGGAGGGUGCUAAGGAGAGACUGUACUCCUUUGUCCAGGCCGUCAACGUCAAGGAUGCCAAGGGUCUGCACACCGCUGUUGUGGACGAGGAGUAAACGGGUCCUUCUAACCGGUUUGAGUUGUUGGAACCUGGAGAGGAAUCAGAGGGAAAAAAAAAAAAUAAAAUAAAAUAAA